GGUCGUCAUAGCGAACGCGUGCGAAGCACAACCACCCGAGUCGACUCUCCAACCUUCAACACCUUCAACACCACCACCGUGAUUCCGCAAACAGUUCCUUCGAGCACCGACCUGCGCCCAAUUACCAUUGUCUCAAUCUCGCCUUGCCACACUUCCAGCUUCGGAUCUACAACCGCCUUGCUCUCUGCGCCGCAGCCUCCCUCCCCCAUCCACUCGACCCUUCAGUCCACUCCCACGACUCCCCGAUCGUCAUACCAAUCCCCAAAGCGCCUUGGCAGCUGUCGAUGGUCUACCGCAGGCCCCUUCUUUCAUCAUGACCGGGCGCAGUCGCCGGGCGUCCACGUCCAGCGUCGAGACGGUAGAUGAGAACCAGAUCCUUUGGCGCCAGGAAACGUCCGUCCUCAAGUCGGUCCCCAAGCUGAGCGACAGUAACAACUGGCCCAUAUUCGAGCUCCGAGACACCGUUAUCCUCAACAAGGACGGCCAUACCGUCGAGAAUGCGCUGCAUGUCGGCACUAGAGGGCCUUUCAUCGUCCGUGGGACUCUCAUCAUCGAUGACCCCUCCCAGAAACGGCAUCUCAUCAUGAGAGUCCGACAAUCUGUACCUAUCGAGGUUCGACAAAGCAUAUCCUACUCAAUAGGCGAGGCAGAAGAUGGCCAACCCUUGAUCUGGGUUUCUGGCAAGGGCGGCUGGUACGAGAUCUUCCCUUCGCCUACCUACCUCCCCAUCUACAACAAGAUGUGCGAGGCUGCCAUACUAUACUAUCGCAUCAUGGAUAUCUAUAAGACUCAAAAGCCCAAGAAGCCUAAGAAGGGUAGGCGCCCUGAUCCUAUGAUUGAACUCUCCCAACUAUUCCAUCAGUACGCCGCCAAGGUUGGCGACGGUUCCACUCUAGAUGAAGUCAUCGAGCGAUGUAUGGAGCAUGCGCCUUUCUUAAUUUCUCAGUUCACUCAAGAAGACCCGGCUGAGUUCGAUUGGAGGCCUACUCUGUUCUACAAGUGGUUGACUAACAAGCAUGCGGAUCUCCUAGCAAAGGCCCACGAGAGACUGGUAAAUCCGCCAAAACUCCCCCGAUCUCCCUCUACCGAGAUCGUUCCUUCUCCAGUCACCUUACCUUCGAGGACUCGCACUGGCUCCUCUGUCCCUGCCGUUAUACGCAGCCAACCUCCGCUUCAAGUUGAAGCCAAGACUAGUACUCCUCGGGAACGAUCAACAAGGUCACAUUCAGCUACUCAAAAAGACGAUGAAGCUGUGGUGGAGACGACCCGGCCGCAGCCCGCCAGAGUAAGCUCUGUUGUCGAGACUCCGGAUGUUACCCCUGCUGUUGCCAGUCCUGCCGUCACUAGUCCUGCAGUUGGAUCACCAGCUCCUGGGACACCAACUCCGUGGGAUGACAGCCUGACACCUUUCGAAACCGUUUUGAAAGCGCUCGAGCAAGCGUAUACAAUACUCGACAAAUCCCGCCAGGGAAUGACUGUCCUGAGCACCCUCAACAAAAUCUACUUUCUCUACAAGUUCCCUAAUUAUAGAGAGGGCGGAGCAGGGUCCCAUAAGAUUCCCGUGGAGGAGGUCCUUCAAUACAACGCCGAGGAGCUCUUGCAGGCUAUUGACGAGCACAAGUACAGCAAGUAUGAGAUCUACUCAUGGCUUCAGGAAGCGACCAAGAGGGAGUUCAAGCCAAUUGCCAUCAAAUCCUCGGACUUCCCAUAUCGACUCGUCCCUCGUGGAACGCGUCCCCCCCGCGCACCCAAAAUCCCAGAACAACCACCAGCUGUCCAAUUCGGCGGUGUUGCUUCUCAGGGCCUCGACGACGAUGUGUCGAGUACCAAUUCUGGACCCUCGUCCCGAGCCGGCAAAGGACCCAGAGAACGCCGGUCUGGAAAGAAGUCAAACCUUCGCCUGGCCACCCGAUCGAAAAAGCGGCUUCACUCUGAACUUGAUUACGAUUCAGAGUCGGAAGAGUCCGGACCGAAGAAGUCUCACUAUUUCGAUGAAAUGGAUGCCGCAGGGAACACUAGCGCCCCUGAAGACGAAGAUGCCCACCUCUCUGAUCAAGAACCGAUCAAGAUCCUCAUCCGAGCCGACAAGAUCCCUUCUACUGUUCCUCAUGGCCCCCAUGGAACCUGGACCUGCGAAGAGGAAGACUGCGGCUAUGUCGUCCGUGGCGGCGAUGAGGAGGAAUGCCAGCAGCGCAUCAGGGAUCAUUUCAAGGUCCAUGAACAGCAAGCAAAGAUGGUCAGCCUCGCCAUGUCUGAGAGCCGUGGUCAACUACCCAUCAAGUACGCAUACUUUCCCCCUUUUCUCAUUCUCGUCGAAUUACAUUCUCCCCCUCCUCCCCCUUCUACUGCCAUUCUUAUUCCCACUGCUACUACUACUAUCACUACCGCCGUCACGAAACCCCCCUCAGUUCAGGACACAUUAUCAUCAAAACUCACCAGCCACCCGCCCAACUCGACAGUGUCGACACGGCGCAGCUUUCGCUCUCUUGUCGGCCAUCAUCUCAUCGACAAGCUCAAGAGUAUGGGCGAAAGGUCCCAGCGUGACGAGCAGAUCGAGGCCAAUGGCACUGUGCUCCCGCAACACAUCAAACGCAACUUGUAUGUCUGA